AGUGCAGUCAAAUUAAAUUAUCGUCACGUUAUGGCGGAAUGUUCUGGCGAUCAUGCUGGAAAUGAUGAAGUCGAGCCUUUGCAAAUAAUACAAUCGAGAUUUGAUGAGAUCCGGGCGUAUAACUCCUCUUUCGUGGUUGUUUUUCCACAUCUUGACACAGUGAUUACCGUGGAUGUUGCCAACGAAAUCACAGAUAUUUGUGCCACCCACAAUUAUGUGGUCGUUGCCACUCAAGAGCACAUCUACAUCGCCCACAAGGAUGAUUUAGAGAAUCCACUAAAGUGUUCUUAUGAGCUGAAAGGUCAAUUGAACCUGGAGUUUGAGGGAGGUUCUUGGCGCUCGAUAGAAGAAGAAUCAAAUAAACGAUCUACAUUUACGCAUGGUUGGUCGAAAAAUAACAAGAAGCAAAUGUCUGAUGUUAUUCUGACGUCAACUUUGUCUACUAUAUACUUUGUGUAUACGGUAGGAUGUGUGAGUACGGUAGUAAGACUUUUCAACGAGUACAGUUACGCAGACUCCAAAAUUGUGAGACCCGUUGUCGUUCAGAUUCCCGAAGAUAUUAGGAUUGUCAUGGCAGUGUCCGGAAACGAUCAUAGCUUAUUUCUGACUGAGAAGGGUGCUGUCUAUGCUUUAGGUACGGGAAGGUAG